CACCUGGCCAGGGUGGCGAAGCCCAGUCGCUCUCACUCCGCCAUGUGCGCUCAAUCCACGCUCACUCCUCCCUCCUCUCACUCUCGUACUCAUUCAUAAUUCACCCACCACCAAGAUAUCGAUUCCGAAUUCUUAUUAUCUAGUCGGAACUAGUAAGUUGUCGACGAUGCGGUGACGAAUGAAGAGGGACAUGUUAGUGUGACGGUGGUGACGUGAAUGAUGUUUGAAAAAUUGGUACCUGUUGUGGAGUACAGAUGGGUAGAGUGAUGGCGCCUAGAGUACAACAGUAGCUAGAGUGACAGUACUUACAUCUUGCCAGAGGGAGAGCUUGACAACUCCUACAGCCAACUUCCGAGAGUCAUAUGCCUGAAGGUGUGGUGGAGUCCAGGAUGCAGGUGGCGGACAGUGUGAGGUACAGGGAGGCUGUGACCAGGCUCAAGAGGCUACUGUACGAACCCCCAGGCUCGGAGUCGCCCUCUACACCACCCCACAAAGACUCUCACUACCACACAACCACCAAUUCCGUCCACCACACCGCCACUACCAACUCCCUCCACCACCACACAUACCACGCCUCAGUCAGUUCAGAUGUGGGUGGAGUCCGUGGUGUGGGCGUGGGCGGGGUGGAGGGGCCGUCACGCUGGCUGUUGGAACUACUGAGGCACCAGGAAGAACUUAUAGCCCAGCUGGAGAAGGAGAAUGAUUUCCUGAAGAGGGAGGUGUUGUCGGUGGGUGAGGGGGUGAAGGCGAUGGGUCAGGAAAAUCAAGAACUCAAUCGUCGCCUGGCUGAUGCCCUCUCUCAAGCCAUCGCUAUGGGGGAGCAUCUGGACACCACCAUCACCUCCAGCAGUAGUAGCGAGAGAGAGAGCGGGGACAAAGACACUGUUAACUCCAGGAUAGCUACUCUUACUCGGGAGAAGGCGGCGCUAGCAGACCAGGUGAGCCGCCUCGAUGCCUCCCUGACAGCCAUGACCAAGAGAGAGCAGGAGGCGUUGACAAAACUUAGACAAGCUCUCACACUCGCCGAGGACACACACUCACACACAGCCCAGGUUCGUGCCAGUAGCGAAUCGGCCAUAGAAGAGCUGACUGUCCUGCUGACGGCGACGAAGCAGGAGGGACAAGAGCUCCGGAGACUACUGGACGAAGCGGACAUGAAGCAGAAGCGGCAGCAGGAGCAGAAGGACGAGCAGGUAACCCAUCAACAGCAGAGGAUCAAGACCUUACAGGAUGCACGCGAUGCACAGGAGGAACUAUUGGCGAGGCUACGGCAGGAGGUGAGGGACGGGGAGAGGCGGGUGGCUGAUCUAGAGGACGACCUGAAGGCGGCUAGGGCGGCCAGGACCCGUCUGGAGGCUCAGCUGGAGGAACAGAGACAGCACUCCAGGGACGCCCACGCCAGGCUCGACCAGAUCAUCAUCACGAGGAGCGGGGAGGCGGCAGCCGGGACAGCCAGAGCGAGGGAACUGGAGGAGAGAUUGACAGUUGCCAGGGAGGACACGUCAAGGCUCCUGCAAGCUGUCACCACCCUUGCCCAGGGCGGCCGGAAUGUAGAAGCAGACACCACUGACGAUGUUAAGAGCGAGCGUCUGGCAGCGGGACAGCAGCUGGGGGCGGCCCUGACAGCCCUCCAGUCCCGUCAUGAGGAGGAGGUGACGUCACUGCAGGAGGCGGCGAGACAACAGAGCCAAGCCAUGGAGGCCCUGAGGGAGGAGGUCACCAUGAUGAGGCAGCAGUUGGCUCUUGACAGCGAGAACUACAGGACACGGCUGGAGGAGGUGGGUCGAGGUCUGGCUGCCCUUGCCUCUACUACUACUGCUGCUACCUCGCCAUCGCUACCCACCCAACAUGAUGACAACACAAGGGCUCCUGAGGGCGUAUCAGAGGGUGAUAGUCGACUGCCCUCCACACCUGCAGUUCCAAACACCACUACCACGUUGCCUUCUACCGAUCCUACUGCUGCUGCUGCCACUACACCAGGCGUCCCCGACACCAGCAUACCAAACACACAGGAGAUAUCAGACUCACGAGAACUGACGGGAGACAACAGUGACAACACGAAGGUCGAGGAUGACGUUGUGCCCGAGGAUGACGUUGUGCCCAAGGAUGACGUUGUGCCUGAGGAUGACGUUGUGCCCAAGGAUGACGUUGUGCCUGAGGAUGACGUUGUGCCUGAGGAUGACGUUGUGCCCGAGGAUGACGUUGUGCCCAAGGAUGACGUUGUGCCCAAGGAUGACGUUGUGCCCGAGGAUGACGUUGUGCCCAAGGAUGACGUUGUGCCCGAGGAUGACGUUGUACCCGAGGAUGACAUAAAAGAAAAAACGGAAGAGACAGAAGAAAAAGAUAUCGAUAUAACAGAGAAGAAUGAAGAGGUGGAAGAGAAGAAUGAAGAGGUGGAAGACAAGACUGAAGACAAAGAUAUUGAUUCAGAAAAAGGAGAGAUGGAAGAGAGGAAGACUAAAGAAACGAAAGACAAGACGGGAGAGACAGAAGAAAAAGAUACAGAUACUACAGAGACCGAAGAAGGGAAAGACAAGACUGAAGAGAAAGAUGAGUCGAGAGGAAACAAUGAGAAAGACGACGAAGGAGGAACUAGACCGGAAGACGAUAACGCGAGACAGGGUGAGACAACUGCAGGAGACAACAAGGACUCAACACUCAAAGUAGAUAAUAAUGGAGAAAAGGAAGAUUCGAGAAGUAAGGGAGAGAAAGAAGGCAAAGCAGGAGAUAAAGAAGGUAUAAGUGAAGAUUCCAGCGAAGUAAGGAAGGGUGAUGACGCAAAACCUGGCUACGGUGGAGCAGAAGAGGGUAAGACGGAGUGCGGUAAAUGUGUGACCUUGAUGAUGAUCUUAGAGGUUGUGGGAGGCGUCGUCGAUGGUCUACAAGUGGACAUGAACAAACAGGAGACUCGCCUGGGACGGUUAAUCCAGCGGUACAGCUCACAGUGUGAAAACUGCCUCAAGUACCAGUUUAUGCUGUGGGCCGCCGACAACAGACUAAAUAGUGUUGACAAGUAUACUCACUUGCUGGGGGACAGGAUUGAUGCACUAUCUCGCAGGUGGGCUGUUACAAGCCUCUAUAAUAUACAACACACCAGUUAUAGGCUAGACUGCCUGACUGUACUGCAUAGCUAGUUGCAUGCGGGUGUCAGCUGGGGCCGGAUUCUCCAAGGUUUGAGGGGUUACUGGAUGAGUGAGCACACAACUUUGAUAGAAUCUUGAAUUAGAAACUUCAUUUUCCACUUAUUGGAUACAGUACACGAAAGCGCGUUUAGUUGUGACACUUUUUGCUUCUUAAAUUCUUACAUUUACCCUCAGCUGUAUAGGCAAGACAACAUACUGUGUAACGUUAGCGUCUCUAGACCAAUUUCGAAACCAUUAUGGCCGCCAGCUUUGUAUCAGUGUGUUAGUGAGCCAGACAGAUGCAUCUGUGUCACCAGUUGUGGUAAACUUUAACGCACGAACCUUUGAGUAUUCGGGGCCCAAGUGUUCCAAAAUUGUUGUUAACUUGGAUGGUAGUGAGUUAAGUGACCAGUGCUUCCACGUUUGUUUUUAAAGUGAGUCGAUAACUAGUUUUUCUUUAGUAUGUUAGUGCCAGCAUGGAGGUCAGUUAGGCAUCAUGUUCCUGACUAUAUACUGUAUACCUUUUGUGAUAAAUUACUGAUAGUGAUCAAUUCAGUAAAAUGUGUGUUUGUAUAUAAUGAAUAUCUCGUGUUUCACUACAGAGUUCUGAGCUGCUAGAGUUGGUGAGAGCUGCGACCCUUGAGAGAGACACACUACGGCAGGAAGUGACUUACCUACGGCGGGUUGCUGCGGCUGCCAUCACCUCUGGAGACAU